AUGCCCCUAGUUGAAUCACUAAGCGAGGAAGUUGCGCUUCCAUUAGAGUUACAGGGAAGAGGUGUCGUAGUGCACAGGUUACAUGGCACCCGGCCGGGGAAUGUCAUCAUUACCGUGAAGGUUGAUGUUUACAAUUUUGGAGUGAUGCUCCUUGAGAUUAUCUGUUGCAAGAAAACCGUCCACUUAGAUGACAAAGAAAAUGAAAUCCUUCUGUGCGACUGGGUUUAUGAGUGCUUCAGACAUGGCAGACUUGUACAAUUGGUAGAGCAACAGCAGUUAGAGGGUGAUACAAUUGAGCCAAGGCAGCUGGAAAGAUUGGUGUUGACUGCACUGUGGUGCAUUCAAGACAAUUCUGCUCUAAGACCGUCAAUUGAAAAGGUUGUGCAGAUGUUGGAAGGAGCAGUUGAGAUCACAGUACCCCCAACUCCUUGA